UGAAAUUCAUCAAAUAGUCAAAACUAGAUCAAAGAUUGAAGCAAGCCAAAUUCCAUUAUCUUGAUAGAAAUUGCUGCUUGGAUUCCCCGGAGCGUGCCUGCUACAGUAUCAUUUUCCUUUUCUUUGGGCUUUCUUAUCAAUGGCGCCGGGUUCUUUUUAGCGGCAAGGCUGAAAAAUUAUCUGGGCUCAAAUCAAAAUAUUUUGAGAUCAUACAUACAUACAACAACGAAACAUCCUUUUCUCUAGCUUAUCGACGAGCUCCCUUCGAAUAAACGCAAACGUAUUACACGACUGAAUUGACUGUCACAUAACAGCAAAUUUGGAGUUGCGCCCUACGAGAACCCAGCUAUAUUUUCUCUUUCCCCUCCAGCCUCGAGUCACAUCACCAUGAACGAACCUCUCCUCUCCUCAUUAUGCACAAUCUGCCACAUCGAUCCUCCCAAGUAUACCUGUCCCAGAUGCUCGGCACAAACAUGCUCUCUACGUUGCGCAAAGCGACAUAAACUCUGGGCUUCUUGCAAUGGCGUCCGGGACCCGACAGUCUUCAAACCAAUCUCAGAAGUUGCAACUCCUUCAGGCAUUGAUCACGAUUACAAUUUCCUGCACGGAAUCGAGACUCAAAUACAACGCAGCGAGAAAGUCUUGAUCGAGGACCUAGGCAUCGUUGAAGCAGAGGAGCUGGAGCGGGCAAGAAAGGGUGUAGAUGAAAGGGAAUUCCAGCAGCGACAUGCAGAAGAUCAGGCAAAGGGCGAGGUGCAAAUUACAAAGGUGCUGAAGGAGAAAAAUAUCAGAGUCAUAAAAGCACCAAAGGGGAUGAGGAGAAACCAGGAGAAUACGACGAAUUGGAAUAGAAAACACAGGUGUAUGAAUUGGCAGGUGGAAUGGAUACGAGCACCCAACGGAGAAAGAACAUUAUACAAGGCUUUGGAUAAGCAUUCAUUGGGAGAUGCCUUUGACAUCAUGUUCGAGGAAGAGCGGAAAUUGAACAUGAGCAAGGAAGAGAAGACAGCAGAGAAGAAGCGGAAAGCUGCGGAUCGGAGCGCCAAAUCACCAAAGAAAGCAAGGUUGGAGGAGAAUGCAAUUUCGGAGGUAUCGACACUUCAAAACCCAGAGACAGGUGCUUGGAAUGUCACCCCUAUCUAUUCGAUACCCGAGCUUGUCUACACAGAACCUCCAAUACCAGAAAAGCACCGAGACUACCACUUCUACAUCCACCGGCCUCUCACGCCAGCCUCAUAUCCAAAAGUCCUCGCACCUCUCGAUACUUCAAAAUCUCUCUCAGAUCUCCUUCGAAAUAGAGAUUUGUUGGAAUUCCCUACGAUACAUGUCCUAGAUGAGGGACCGGGGCGUCUUCCGUCAACUUUCAUGCUGGAAAAUGACUAUUUAAAAGCAAUUGGACAGAAAGGACACAGGCAGGAUAUAGAUACUGAGAUGAGUGGGAUGGUGGAUGAGGAGAGUACUGAUGAAUUGAGCGACUCAGAUGAGGAUAGUGAUUCCAGUGGUCUCAUAUUCGUGGUCAUCGCUUUGUGGAGUUUCAUUCAGUUUGCGUUCCUGACUUGGCUUGGCAUUGCUUUCCACGAAUGGAGAAUCGGAUACCGCUGGCGUAUCAUCCUCUCACUAGCCGCCAACCUCUUGGUCUUCGAAGCAGCAGGACAGUCCUUUGGCAACAUACCUGUGAAGUAUCUUGGGGUCUUUGGUAAAUGGCUUCCCUUAUUCUACGACCUCAUGGUUGAGCUUGCUGGUGCUGCGAUAUUCGUCAUGUUUUGGUGGAAGGCACUUGUUUGGUCCUGGUACGCUUUCGGACGUCGCGAGCCUUAUGUCUUUGAUCCCCGUCGGGAGAGAAUUAUGGUAGUCUGGGAGGAGUCUGAUGGAGACGAAUGGAAAGUGGACGUCACCCAAUACGUACCCGUCAAAGCCGUGUACACGGAAGAAGAACUGUCGGCAGCGAGGGCAUUGGCGCUUGAUCACUUCAUUGAUGACUUGGAGUACAGAAAUCAGAGGAUGGAGGAGGGGCUGAAGGUUGCUCGUCCGUGGUAUGAGGCUUGUACUAGUGAGUCAGUAUGA